AUGUCAUCAUCAUCACCGCCUGAUAUUCCUCCUUUCCUAGCUACAAUCCUCUCAUCUCGAAUUACCUCCAUUCCUCCUCCCGAUCCUCCCGUAUCAAGCUCUACAUCCAACCCUUCAGCCAACCCUUCACCAAUCUUACAGCAACCACAAUCUCAACCUCCUAAUCCUCUAUACCUUCCUCCACCGGCUUUACCAAAAGUUGAAGAAGACUUGGUCCCUCCUGAGAACUUUGCGUUGGUAUCCAAGGGAGUGUACAGGAGUGGAUUUCCGAAGAAAAGGAAUUUUGGAUUUAUGGAGACUCUGAGGUUGAAAACUGUUUUGACCCUCGUGUUAGAAGAUUAUCCAGAAGCGAAUUUAGAAUGGUGUCAAUCCCAAGAUAUACAAUUUAUGCAAUUUGGUAUACCAGGUAAUAAAGAGCCUUUCGAUAAUAUCCCAGAAGACGUCAUUUGUUCUGCACUUGUAGCGAUCCUGGAUCAGAGGAAUCACCCAAUACUGAUACACUGUAACAAAGGCAAACACCGAACAGGCUGUCUAAUAGGAUGUAUCCGUCGUCUCCAGUCAUGGUCCCUCACAUCGAUAUUCGACGAAUAUCGAAGAUUCUCUUCUCCCAAAUCCCGAGCAGUAGAUCAACAGUUCAUCGAUCUUUUCGAUCUGAUGCCCGUUUGGAAAGAGGUUACUGGUAGUAGUAAAGGAGGAGGGGUUGGGAAUUUACCUGAUUGGGGGAUGUUGAGUUUGCCUAGAAGGGGUGUUCUCACACCCGACCAGAAUCGGAAUCAGAAUCAGAUUCAGCAUGAGAAGGGAAAGCAGAUACCUCUUGAAGCGAUAUCUAUGUCGAUCGAUGAUAAUUCACCACGAACAGGAGGGAAAGCCAACAGGGAUUGGAAGGGUGAUGGGAAUGAUGUUGGUAAUGGUAAUGAAAAUGAAUAUAAGAGGGAGACCGGAAUUACUAGUUUACGUUUGGAUCAACAACAACUACACCUACAGCAGACACAGCGGCGGAAUCAACGAGAUAAAAUCAGCACACAUGAUGAUAAUAUUAAUCAGAGUUCGACUUGCACUCCCGUAUCAAUCAUUGUAGAUGGUGAAGAUCAAAGUCAAAAUAGUGAGAAUAAAAGUAUAAAUGAUAUUGUACAUUUAGAAAAUCAAAAGCCUCAUCAACAGGAUCAAGCGGAAGAAGGUGGGAUAAUAAGUAUCGAUAUUAAUGUAGAUGGGAUAGAAGAGUUGAAGAAGGUCGAUGGGAUAAUACAUCUAACUUCGAAAGUAGAGGAAGUGGCUAUAAAUUGA